GGGGCUCGAGUGGAUCUCCGCUCUGCUUCCUCUUGAUCAUGGGGAAAUUAAUUAGCGGUCAUCCAUGUCUGAAUUUGACACUAGUUCUCACGACAACAACCCUCACUUCCUCAGGGAUCGACCACAUCGCCGUGGACAUGAAGGACCAGAAGAUGACGGUCGUCGGCACCGUCGACCCCAUCGCCGUCGUGGCCAGGCUGCGCAGCAAGCCCUUCCCCACGGCGCAGAUCUUCUCCGUCGGCCCGGCCAAGGAGGAGAAGAAGGACGUCGACAAGAACGACGCGGGCAAGCCGGUGGAGUACCCGACGUACUGGUAUCCGCCGCCGCCGUACCACCCGCACCUGUACCACCUCGCUCACAGCGCCGAGGAGGACCCCAACUCGUGCAUUAUCUGUUGAUCGACGCGCACCGUCGAUUCUCUCCCUUCUACAUUUUUGUAUCUGGCCGUCCUGCCUGGCCUGCCGAUCGAUCAGCGUACCUGCACCGGUGAUCAACGGCGUGCGUUAUGUAUAUGGCCUUGUAAGGUGUGUAAGUUGCGCCGGUGAUCCGGCAGCUGUACAGCACAGCUGCAUCUGCCUAUGCCUCUGCUUAUAGUUUGUAGUGUGCAGAUACAGAAUUACAGUAUAUGUUGGUCAGAAAGGAAAAUCAUCAAGUUGUUAAAAUGAAAAGUGUUGUGAAGGAUCAGAUAGAAUUGUUAAAAAGAAAAGUGUGGAGAAGGAUCAGAUAGAAUCAUUAAGCGAGGCAGGCACAAAGAGAUGAGAAAUUCAGGCGGACAACUAGAUUGGUCUCUCGUGCAUCUUUACAUUUACCAAUAGAAACUCUAAACGCCAAAGCUAUCCAGCUGUGCUCCAUC